AUGGAACUUGAUGAACAAACUCUUUUACAAUCCCUCAUAAAGAAUUCGUCUGAUGAGUCAGUGAAUUCAGCUGAAUGUACAUCAUAUAUUCCCUAUCUUCAAACCUUAUUUACCUAUGAUACCGAACGUUUACAUCGUGAAGUAGAAUAUUUAAAUGAUGAAAAAUGUUCAAAAUCAACUCAAAUGCUAUCGUUAAUAUUCGACAAUUAUUCGACAUUUAUUCAAACUGCUGAAUGUUCAAAAAAUAUUUCCAAUGAUUUUUCAACAAUUGAAGAACGUCUCUCCGUUAUACUAAAACAACUCGACGAUUUUUCAUCUUGUUGUCAAAAAUUUGUGCGUGAAACUGAACAAACAAAUCAUCUACGCAAACAAAAUAUGUUUACUCUGCAAAAAUAUCCACAAUUAUUAGAAAUUCUUGAGAUUCCUCAAUUAAUGGACACAUGCGUACGAAACGAUUACUUUGAUGAAGCAUUAGAAAUAGUGACGUAUUGCAAACGUUUAGAAAGAAAAUUUGCUCCACCAACAACGAAAUUAACAUUGCAUACAAAUUCACAAAUACCCAUUAUAGUGCAUAUUGUGAAUGACGUACGUUUAUCACUGGAAUAUAUGCUUGAACAAUUAGUAACUCAACUUCAAACCAAUAUACAGUUACCGGCUUGUUUACGUAUAAUGGGUUUUAUUCGGCGCAUGGAUAUUUAUAAUGAACUUGAAUUACGUCUUUGUUUUCUUCAAGCACGUACACACUUCUUGCAUAAACGUUUAGGAUUAAUUCAACAGCAAUAUUCAUCAAUCAAUAUUGUUGACUAUUAUGAACAUGCAUCGAAAUAUAUUGAUGAAACACGUAAUAUACUUUUUGAUAUUGUUACACAGUAUCGAGCAUUGUUUAGUGAUGAUGAUACAACAUUGUAUGUAACAUUUAAUCGAAAUGAAUUUAUUAAAGAAACAAAUUUAUUUCGUUCGUGGCUUAUUCAUCGUUUAAGUGAAUUUCUGAAAGUAUUACAAGUUGAUUUACAACAUUGCAGUGGUUCACAAUAUCAACGACUUGAAUCAUUACUUGGUCAAGUGAUGUAUUUUGGUGCUUCAUUUUCUCGAUAUGGUUUUGAUUUUCGGCCAUUGUUUAUUCAAUUUUUUUCUCAAACAACUUUAACAAAUUUUCGAAAUUCUCUUCAUGAAGCCAAUCAUAUUUUUGAACAACUACUUAAUUCAUUUACUUUUGAUCAAUAUGUUCAAUUAACAACAUCGGAUUCUUCAGCAACACCACUAAAUCCAUUUUCACCACCAAUGAUUCUUGUUAAUUACACUCCAUUAGCUGUUUAUUGUAAUGUUCUACUAACAGCAUUCAAUGAUCUACGUCUUUGUUGUCCUCUAUCAAUCGUUAUAAUUGUUCGGCAACUUCUGACGGAUUCAUUAGUACAUAUAAGAAAUAUUCUAACAAAUUAUUAUAAAUCUGAAAAAGUCACAUUAACAGUUAUUGAAUCGGAACAUUUCAUUGAUUUUUUACGCGUAUUCAUAAAAAUAUUCAUUCCAUAUAUCAACACUUGUAUUCAAGCAUUAUUUCCUGAUACACAAUUAGCUCGUGAAUUAGGUGUGUCAAUUUUGGAUAUAACUGAAAAAUCAAAAUUAAAUCAAAUCGAUAUUGAUCAAGUUAUUGAACCCAUUAAAACAAUCAUUGAUUCAGUUAUGUCGAAAAAGAAGACGCAAUCAAUUGAAAAUGUUCAAUCAGAACUUGAAACUAUUCCAUCGGAAGUAAACGGCCAACAAGAACAAGAAAACACAACGGACAAUGCUGAUAAUAAAUCUGAUGUAGUUGAAUAA